GUAACGUCAGUCCUUCAUCGGACUCCAUCCAUGUGUCAGUCCAGCCGGUCGAAACGGCGGACACCUGCUAACCUCAGCUAACCUUUCUGUCUACCCUCGACCGGACAUCUGGACGAACAAUCUUCAUUUGGGAACGUUCCAUGCUUGCAGCUAGAAUGUCAAAUUUGCGGAAAUUUAUAGAUAUUGGAGCCAAUUUAACAGAUACCGCAUACCAAGGAAUCUAUCAUGGAUUUCAGAAGCAUCCGCCAGAUUUAGAUAAAGUUUUAGAGCGAAGUUGGAAAAAUAAUCUUUCGAAGAUCAUCAUUACAGGUGGCAAUGUGGAAGAAAGCAAGAAAGCUCUUGAAAUAGCGAGAACUGAUGACAGACUGUACUCGACGGUUGGUUGUCAUCCGACCCGUUGCAAUGAAUUCGAGGAGAGUGAUAAUCCAGAAGAAUAUCUCAAAUCACUGUCGGACAUAGCACUAAAUAACAAGGAUAAAGUCGUCGCUAUCGGUGAGAUGGGUUUAGAUUACGAUAGACUGAAUUUCUGCCCCAAGGAGACUCAAAAGAAAUACUUUGAGCUACAAUUGUCAUUGUGCUCCACGUUAAAGCUACCAAUGUUCCUGCACUGCCGCAAUGCUAGUGACGAUUUUGUACGAAUUUUGAGGAAGCACAAAAACGAAUUGACACCAGGUGUUGUGCAUUCCUUCGACGGUAACCCAGAGGAUGCAAAUUCCAUACUACAAUUAGGCUUGUACAUCGGCGUCAAUGGAUGCUCGUUGAAGACAGAGGAAAAUCUUUUUGCGAUAACUACCAUUCCCUCGGAUAGGCUCAUGAUAGAAACUGAUUGUCCAUGGUGUGAGAUCAGGCCGACGCACGCAUCCGCGAACGACGUUAUCACGCACUUUCCAUCUGUAAAGAAAGAAAAGUGGCAAGCGGAUCAGAUGGUUAAAGGACGGAACGAACCCUGCACGAUAGUUCAAAUAUUGGAAGUUCUAGCACGGAUCAGAGAUGAGGAAGAGGAAUACCUGUGCAAUCAAAUCUACAAGAAUACAAUGAAGCUCUUCUUCCCGUAUGAAUUAUAGUAUGCGAGUACUCGAUGUUACAAAAAUACAAGCGAACUUAAAGUGCGUUGACGGAAUACGCAUUUUCAUGGAAGUAAUCAGGGAUAAAAGCUGUGAACAUGCACGCAGAGUGAAAAAAAUUUAAAAAAGGGCACGCUGCUGAAACUUUAUUGAAUGGGGGAAAUAAGACAACUCAUUUUUACAUACGUGGCUUUAUGGAAGUGGCUGUCACUAUCCACACACAGAUCUCUUCCCAUGUAAAACUUUAAUAUAUUCUUGUUAAAAUUAUAUUAUCAUAUCUCAUAUUUAUCUAUUGCAUUUCAUCGCUAUUAUUACCAUCAUUUCAUUAUUAUUAUAAUAAUAAUAAUAAUAUUAUAUUACGAUAUUUAUUAAUACUAUUCUGCUAUUCCUAAAAAUAUCACCGUUGUUGCUGUUAUUAUUCUGACCCAUUUUUCCGGAAUAAUUUUUCCCUUAAAUCUUUUUACUUGUAGUAGAGUUCCUCUUUUACUACAUCUAUACAAGAAGAGCUGUUACAGAAACAUUUUUAUUCGAACAUUCAAUGUAAUCGAAUAUAUAUAUUCAAUCAAAAUUCUCAAAAUUAUAAAUGAAAAUACAAAAUACUUAAGAUCGUACUUUCAACGAUUUGCGUACAA